CUCCUCCCCUUCACGCCUAAUGUUGCUGUACCUCCAACCCUCCCCCCGUAUCAGAGGAGUAGAAACAACAAGCCGCCAUUUUGUUUGUGCGGACAGACCGUCAGAAACAGGAGGAGAUAACCGAGAGAAGGAGCGACUCCGGCAACCGACGGCAGCCACUCCAGGAACCACCGGGGGAAGAAAGAGUGGCGAAAUCCUGUCCGUGUUUUAAAGAGAGAGAAAGCAUCGCCAAAAGAUAAGACGUCCGUGGAGGGAAAACCGAGUCGGUGAUAUAUAUGUAUGCAUAAGAAGGAAAUACUCCGAAAAAUCCAAGGAAGGGGGUGUUUUGCGGAGCGGAGACAGAGAGGAGAGGCGGAAGAGGGCUAUAUAUUAUCAUAACGAGGAAAAACCUGCGAAAAAGGGAAAAUAUCAACAUGAAAAAUCAUUAUGUGUCCGUCGCGGAGGAAGGAAAGAGUCCGCAUAGACAAUUAUAUAAAUAAAUUGCUGCCGGGCAGAAGGGAGAGGUGGAAAGAAAGACGGGUUUAAAGAGAAGGGGAAAAUUGCCAGGAUCAACACGAAGGGGGGCAUUCUCCAUCACAAAGAGUCAAUGAGAGAAUUUUGUCAGCCCAAAAUAUUUUAGGGGGUGUCAACAUUAGUGUGCCGAUCUGAAGCUUUCCGCUUCCGAAAUAGCCAUAAUUUCAUAGCGACCCACCGUCAUUUUUUCAAAUCACAUUUUCGCCUGUCGCCCUAGCUGUGCUCCGGUUUUUGGUUCACAUCUUUCUUUUUCUCUUCACUUGCAUCGCCAAGACAUCCUAUGAGCAGUGAGUGACAGGUUUAUAUUUUGGAAUAUGUAUCAUUCUUUCAGAUUUCAAGUGCUUAAACCAGGCGAAAACCGGAGGAGGAACCUCUUGUAGAGCACAAGAUAAGUAACGCCACAGAUCGUCCUCUGCAAAAUAAAACUAAUUGGAUCAAUCUGACUGCCCGCUGAUUGGCAAUUAGUGCUGUGAUUGCCCCCAAGAACUAUACUGUCAAAUAAAUAAAGUCUGCAUCAGAAUCGAUUGCACAAGAGCAGUGUUUUUUGACAAGAUUUUCUAUUUCCAACCUUUGCCAACCCUGCUGCCUGCAAUAGGCAUAAUCGCGCAAAAGGGUUGCAACAACCAAACGUGCAAUACGAGUCUUUUUUUCUGACCCAGUGCCUUGCAUGGUCAAACACUAAGUGCACAUUUUAGUCAGCAUGCACAUGCAAAAGAAAAAUCAUGCAUGGAUGCAUACAUCCGCAAUAUAUUUUCUUUUUAUCUGAGUAACUGCAAGUGAGGGACUCCAGUGUUUUCAUCUUUCUGCAGAACUGUUGUAGGCUACUAUUUAUUCAGUUACUGUUAAGCCAAUGCAAGUUGUUUCUCUCUCUCAGUAUUACACGUGAGAGUACCACUUACGCUUUAAAUUGUAUCGGAUAACUACUCCUGGUGGUCUCCACACACCGGUUGACUGCCUUUUUGGUCUGCAAACGUAAAGGAAUCGGUGGCAUUGAGUGAGAUGUCUGGCCAGGUGAAAGAAAUGGUAAAUGCUACCGAGGAUCUCAUAACUGUUGCAUGAGAGAACGGCCUGCAGAAGUUAACACAGGGGUACUCCUGGUUUGUGUUUUUUGGAUCACACUUAUCAUUUUCGUGCCCUGACCGAGACACUCCGCCAGGUCGCUUCAGACCUGAAAUUCAGGAUUUCUCCGCCGACUAUGGCGGACAGGACUGAAAGCAGCACGGAGGACGGAUCUUGGGACCAUUUUUGUGUCGCAGAAGAGGCUACAUGAGGUUGUCAGAGGGCCGCACGCUUGCCUUUUUUGCCGACUCCACCUUCCCACCUCCUCCUGUUGAAAUCUGUGAAGAAACAAAAUCUCCGACAGGGGAGGGGGACUGAUAUCUGCAGAGAGGAAUAAACCGAGAGGGAGAACUGUGAGGGAAAGAGUUCAACAUUGCUCUCUUCUCCCCUACCGUCCCCCAAGCGGUGGGGGAACGAUCAAAGCAUUUCUUAAAGGGAUAAGGAGACGCAAAUAAAGGAAAUACGUUUGCCAUCCGUGGAUCUGCAGCAAUUUUUUAAAUUCGUCAAAAAUAUGGCCGAUAAUGUCCUGGAGUCCGGCCCGCCUUCAGCCAAGAGGCCCAAGCUGUCCUCUCCAGCUCUCUCGGUGUCUGCCAGUGAUGGAAAUGAUUUUGGUUCACUCUUCGACCUGGAGCACGACCUCCCAGAUGAGCUCAUCAGUUCCUCGGACCUGGGGCUGACCAACGGAGGCGAUGUCAGCCAACUCCAUACCAGUCUUGGCGGGCUCGGAGGAGGGCUUGGUUUGGGUGGCCAUGAUGCAGCUGCGAAACACAAACAGCUGUCGGAGCUCUUGCGCGCUGGAGCCCCAGCACAGCAGGGUGGCCCUACAUCCAACAGCACAGCACCCGGGGCUUCAUUGGGGAUGAUGGGGGGUGUCUCCCCUGGUGGACCACAAGGCAUGCCCCCCCAGGGCCAGCAGCAGCAACCUGGAUUAAUGCAGCCGGUUGGGAUGGCUGGAGGGGUGGCAGCACUCAAUCGGGCAGCUGCCAUGAUGAAUGCCCAGAAGGGCAACACUGGACAGCAGCAAGGCCUGAUGGGGGGGCAGGUGAUGAAUGGCUCGCCAAGAAUGGGUUACCCUGGCAGUGCAGGCAUGGGUAACAAUAGUAAUCUGUUGGCGGAAACCCUACAGCAGGGCAGUCAGCAAAUGGGACCCGGGGGUCAGACGGGGAUGAGACCACAGCAACCCGGAGCACUGAACAAGAUGAAUAUGAUGGCCAAUGCGGGCCCCUAUGGCGGUCCGUACGGCCAGUCUGGCCAGGGGCUGCCUGGAGCAGGGCUGGGCCCACAGCUCCAGAAUAAGGCGGGAAUGCCCAACAAUAUGGCCACCCAGUUCAGCAUGGACAAGAAGGCACCACCAGGUCAAGGCAUGCCUGGCAUGGCCUCUCAGCAGCAGCAGCCCGGUGCAGUUGGUGGUGUAUCUGUCGGCGGAGCAGCAGCAGUGGGAAGUGCCCAGGUUGGGCUCAGUGCCGUAGGGGCGGGUCCCGGCACAGCGCCCCCUACCGCAGACCCCGAGAAACGGAAGCUGAUUCAACAGCAGCUGGUCCUCUUGCUCCACGCGCACAAGUGCCAGCGGAGGGAGCAGGCCAACGGGGAAGUGCGGCAGUGCAACCUGCCCCACUGCCGCACCAUGAAGAACGUGCUCAACCACAUGACUCAUUGCCAGGCUGGCAAGUCCUGCCAGGUGGCACACUGUGCCUCAUCCAGACAGAUCAUCUCUCAUUGGAAGAAUUGCACACGACAUGACUGUCCUGUAUGCCUGCCACUGAAGAACGCUGGAGACAAGAGAAAUCAGCAGUCUCUUGUUAACAGUGCAGGGGUGGGUUUGGUGAACUCUUUAGGUUCAGGGGUGCCUGGUGGACAGUCCAACACUCCAAACCUGAACCCUCCCAACCAGAUUGACCCCAGCUCCAUAGAGAGGGCCUACGCUGCACUCGGCCUCACUUACCAGGGCAACCAGAUACCACAGCAGCCAUCACAGGGCAGCAUGUCGAACCAGGGGCUGCAGGGGCAGCCCGGGAUGAGGAAUCUAAACACCCUGGGUGGAAACUCUAUGGGAGUGAAUGGUGGAGUGGGGGUGCAAUCCUCCAACCAGCAGUCCAGCCUACUGCCAAACGCCCUGUUGCAUGGCAACAUGAAUGCACAGAGUUUGAUGAAUGAUGGUUUGGGGAACCUGGGCUCCAUGCCCACGGCAACUCCUCCUUCUGCUGCAGGCAUGAGGAAGUCUUGGCAUGAAGACAUCACGCAGGACCUCCGCAACCACCUAGUCCACAAGCUUUUGUGCAUGUGUGAGAGUAGUGUGCAGGCAAUCUUCCCCACUCCUGAUCCAGCGGCCCUGAAGGAUCGGCGGAUGGAGAAUCUGGUGGCUUACGCUCGAAAAGUAGAGGGGGACAUGUACGAGUCAGCCAACAGUAGGGCGGAGUACUACCAUCUGCUGGCAGAGAAAAUCUACAAAAUCCAAAAGGAGCUGGAGGAAAAGAGGAGGACGCGACUCCAGAAGCAGGGCAUGAUGCCCGGCCAACCUGGCAUUCCCUCGCCAGGCCUCCCGCAGGUGCCUCCCAGUAUGGGACAGUCUCCCAUGAUCCCUGGACAAUCCCCAAAUGGUCCUCACGCCGAUCCGUCCAUGGUCCGACCAUCUGGACCCAAUCAGAUGGUCAACAGGGUGCAGAACCCAGGAGGCAUGAACCAGUUUGGUCAGAUGGGGAUGCAGUCGAUGGGUCAGAGGUCUCCUCUUAAUGCUCCAAUGAACCAGAUGGGUAUGGGAGCAACAAGGAUGGGUCAGCCUAAUGCCACUCAGUUACAGAACCAGUACCUCCCUCCGGGACAGUUUCCAGGAUCCAGUCCUGGACAUGGCUCUGGCUCCGUUGGCAUGAACCAGCCGGGAGCGCAGAGUGCUGUGCCACCGCAGAACCAGAUGUCAACGCCGCCUUCCCUCCCAGCCAGCAGCCCCGCAGCACAGUCUGCCUCUUCUGCUCCAGGCUCCGCAGCCCCCGUAGGCUCCAUGGGGUCCAGUAGUGCCAGUGGUGCUGGGCCACUACCCAACCUGCCUCCAUCCUCGACCCCCACCCAGCCUAACUCCUACCCUCACUGCCUACCCAUCCGAACAAACUCCCCGUCACCGGCACGCAGCUUAACGCCUCAACCGCAUCAAACGCCUCCCACAUUACCUCGUUCUCAGACCCCACAGCCACAGACUCCCAGCACACCCCAGCUGCCCCCUCCGCAGCACCCCCAGCAACAGCAGCAGCAACAGCAGCAGCAGCAGCAGCAGCAACAACAGCAGCAACAACAACAACAACAGCAACAGCAGCAGCAACAACAACAGCAGCAGCAACAACAGCAGCAACAACAACAACAACAACAACAACAACAACAACAACAACAACAGCAGCAGCAACAACAACAACAACAGCAACAGACUUCGCAGCCAACAGGCAAGGUUGUGAACUCUGAGAAGGCCAAUCAACUUCCACAGCAGUCACUCGGGGGCAAGGCUUCCUCGGGCCCCCAAGCAGGUCAAGCUUCUUCGGUGCCUACCCAGAAUGCUCAUGUGCCAUUGCAGCGGCCGCAGACCCCAAUAUCUCCGAAGCCUUCUCUGACAGCAGAUAGUCAGGUGUCCUCUCCAGGCUCGGUCAGCAGCAGUGCCGAUCCCAGCUCCCAGCUCACCCUGGCAGACGGCUCUGCUCCCAGCCAAGAAGAUGUCAAAAUGGAGGUGAAGAAGCAGCAGGAGGAUGACGACGAAGGGGCUGACACUGAAGGAGAAGGCAAGGGCAAGAUGGGCAAGGGUCAGCGUGACAUUAAGACGGAGGAAAAACCAGAGAUAAAGAAAGAGAAGCCGUCAGGAGACGGGUGUAAAGGCGAGCCCAUGGAUACAUCUUCAUUCUCAGCAUCAUCGUCUGUAGCAACAGGUGAAGACAAGAAGCCUGAGGUGAAGAAAGAGCCCAAAGAGGAAGAGGAGGGGUCAGGGUCAACAGCCAACAUCAGCUCCCCAGCCAGCGCUCAGAGCAAGAAGAAAAUCUUUAAGCCGGAGGAGCUGCGUCAGGCUCUGAUGCCCACCCUGGAAGCUUUGUACCGGCAGGACCCUGAGUCCCUUCCCUUCCGUCAGCCGGUGGACCCCCAGUUACUGGGAAUACCCGUACGUAUUCGAACUAGUAACAAAACUAACCUGCAGGACUACUUUGACAUCGUGAAGAACCCCAUGGACCUGUCGACCAUCAAGCGGAAGCUGGACACGGGACAGUACCAAGAGCCUUGGCAGUACGUCGAGGAUAUCUGGCUGAUGUUCAACAACGCCUGGCUGUACAACCGCAAGACGUCCCGCGUCUACAAGUACUGCUCCAAGCUGUCCGAGGUCUUUGAGUCGGAGAUUGACCCAGUCAUGCAGGGCCUGGGAUACUGUUGUGGGAGGAAGUUUGAGUUUUCCCCCCAAACUCUUUGCUGCUACGGAAAACAAUUAUGCACCAUCCAACGUGACGCUGCUUAUUUUAGCUACCAGAACAGUUCACCAAAAUAUGGGCUUCUUGCUGACAGGUACCACUUCUGUGAGAAGUGUUUCAACGAAAUCCAGAACGAGAGCGUUUCCUUGGGGGACGACCCCUCCCAGCCUCAGACGUCCAUCAACAAAGAGCAGUUCCAACGGAAGAAGAACGACACACUCGACCCGGAGUUACUUGUGGAAUGUAUUGACUGCGGUCGUAAAAUGCACCAGAUCUGCGUGCUGCAUAAUGAUACCAUAUGGCCUUCGGGCUUUGUAUGUGACAUCUGCCUGAAAAUGGCCAAUAAGACGCGGAAAGAGAACAAAUACGCAGCCAAAAGGCUUCCUCAGACCAAGUUGGGGUGCUAUUUGGAGACACGGGUGAACGACUACAUCAAGCGGCAGAACCUCCCUGAAUCUGGCGACGUCACCAUCCGUGUAGUCCAUGUGUCGGACAAGGUGGUCGAAGUCAAGCCGGGCAUGAAGUCCAGGUUUGUUGACAGUGGAGAGAUGUGCGCGUCCUUCCCCUACCGGAUGAAAGCCCUAUUUGCAUUCGAGGACGUCGACGGAGCCGAUGUGUGUUUUUUCGGCAUGCACGUUCAAGAGUACGGCUCGGACUGCCCGCCUCCCAAUCAGAGACGAGUGUACAUCUCCUAUCUGGACAGCGUGCACUUCUUCCAACCUCGACUCAUCAGAACUGCUGUUUACCACGAGAUCCUGAUAGGCUACCUGGAGUACGUCAGGAGGAUAGGGUAUACAACGGGUCAUAUCUGGGCCUGUCCACCCAGUGAAGGGGACGACUACAUCUUCCACUGUCACCCAAUGGAUCAGAAGAUCCCCAAGCCUAAACGGCUGCAGGAGUGGUACAGGAAGAUGCUGGACAAGGCUGUAGCUGAGCGCAUCGUCCACGAUUACAAGGACGUCUUCAAGCAGGCAACAGAGGACCGGCUGACCAGUGCCAAGGAGCUGCCAUACUUUGAGGGCGACUUCUGGCCCAACGUGCUGGAGGAGAGUAUCAAAGAGCUGGAGCAGGAGGAGGAGGAGCGGAAGAGGGAGGAGAACAGUACCUCCAACGAGUGCACAGAUGUCACAAAAGCAGACAGCAAGAAUGCCAAAAAGAAGAACAAUAAAAAGACGAGCAAGAACAAGAGUAGCAUGAGCCGAGCCAAUAAGAAGAAACCAGGGAUGCCCAAUGUCUCCAAUGACCUUUCCCAGAAACUCUACGCCACCAUGGAGAAACACAAGGAGGUCUUCUUUGUCAUCCGCCUCAUCGCUGGCCCCACCGCCAACUCGCUGCCCCCCAUCACUGACCCUGACCCCCUCAUGGCCUGUGACCUGAUGGACGGCCGUGACGCCUUCCUGACUCUGGCCAGGGACAAGCACCUGGAGUUCAGCUCUCUCAGGAGGUCCAAGUGGAGCUCCAUGAGUAUGUUGGUGGAGCUGCACAACCAGAGCCAGGACCGCUUCGUCUACACCUGCAACGAGUGUAAACACCACGUGGAGACCCGCUUCCACUGCACUGUCUGCGAGGACUAUGACUUGUGCAUCACCUGCUACCACGCUAAAGGUCAUGAGCACAAGAUGGAUAAGCUGGGCCUUGGCCUGGACGACGACAGCAACAACCAGGCAGCAGCAGCUACCCAGAGCCCCGGAGACUCCCGCCGCCUCAGCAUCCAGCGCUGCAUCCAGUCGCUGGUCCAUGCAUGCCAGUGCCGCAACGCCAACUGCUCCCUGCCAUCCUGUCAGAAGAUGAAGCGUGUCGUUCAGCACACGAAAGGCUGCAAGCGCAAGACGAAUGGCGGCUGUCCCAUCUGCAAGCAGCUCAUCGCUCUGUGCUGCUACCACGCCAAACACUGUCAGGAGAACAAAUGUCCCGUCCCGUUCUGUCUGAACAUCAAGCAAAAGCUUCGGCAGCAGCAGCUGCAGCACAGGCUCCAGCAAGCCCAGAUGUUGAGGAGGAGGAUGGCCAGCAUGCAGAGGGUGGGACAGGCAGCCGUAGGGCCACCGGGAGGACCCGUCGUAGGACUUCCAUCACCCGGGAACAAUGGUACGGCACCCAGUACCCCAACAUCUGGUGGAACCCAACCCCCAACACCCCAGACCCCGACCAUGCCUCCAGUCACGCAGCAGGGAAUGGGCCCUGGACCUGGAGUCCAGCAGCAACAGCAGCCAGGUGGAAUGCCCCCACAAAGCGGCAUGCCUCCUCAACACGCCCUUCACCACCAGUUCCAGCAGAUGGUGGGUGGUGGAGGUGGGGCUGGGGGGAUGAUGAGCUCUCCCCAACAUCAGCAGCAGAUGCUUCCUCAGGUCCAGCAGCAGCAAAGUGGAGCAGGGUCAAACCCUCAACAACUCCAACAGCACCCCAACAAUUUGCCUCCAUAUGCCGGCAGACCCCCGGGCUCCUCCCCAAUCCACCAGUCCCAGGGCAAACCGGUCCUCGGGGCUGCAACGCCUCCACAGCAGCAGCUUGGUGGCGCUGUCAUGGCUGGAAAUGUUGGGGGGCAACAAGCCCCAGGCCAGCCCCAGGGCCAGCCUUCCCUUGCACUGCAGCAACAGCAUCCCCCUUCUGGCCCUCCACCGGCAGCAGUAGAAAUCGCCAUGAAGAUUCAACAGGUAGCCGACGCUCAGAGGAAGAUGGCUUUGCAGAGACAAGCAGCCCAGGCAGCUGCAGGCUUGAUGCCGCCUCACCCUCACCAUCAACAGGGUCAGGGUCAACAGAUGGGCAUGGGACACCCAGGGGCAGUCGGGAUGGUUGGAGCCCAGGGUAUGCCCCCACAGAGCCAAGCAGCAAUGACAGCUGCUCGGGCCCACAUGGAUCAACAACAAGGUGCUCCGCCCGGGAUGAUGGUUGGUGCUGGUGGACCCAUGCAGCAACCCCCUCAGCAGGGUAACCUGCCCCAGGGCCAGCUACUCCCUCAGGUACAGCUUCAACAGCAGAGGAUGGGUGUUCCACAUCAAAACCCUCAACAGCAGCAACAGCAGUGGGCAGGCCAGGGGAUGCCACCGCAGCAGAGGCAAGCUAUCAUGAACCAAAUGAGCCAUCCAGCCAUGAUAGCUCAGCAGCAGCAAAUGCAACAGCAGCAACAACAACAGCAGCAGCAGCAGCAACAACAACAGCAGCAGCAGCAGCAGCAGCAGCAGCAGCAGCAGCAACAACAACAACAGCAACAACAGCAACAACAACAGCAGCAGCACCAACAAGCUCAGGGCCAUGCUGCCUUGAUGAACAUGGCACAGCAGCAGCAAGUUGCUGGUGGCGGGAUCCCUGGGGGAGUGGUCCCUGGAGUAGCUGGUGUCCCAGGGGCUGCUGGUGUUGCUAGUGGGAACAUCCCCCAGGCAGCCCUUCAGGAGCUGUUACGGACUCUCCGCUCGCCUAGCUCACCGCACCAGCAACACCAAGUCCUCAACAUCUUGAGGUCCAACCCACAGCUUAUGGCUGCUUUUAUCAAGCAGAGGGCCUCAAAAUACAAGGGGGGCCCGGGUGGUCCAGGGGGUGUCCCCGGAGGGCCCACAGGGGGGCCUGUUGGUAAUGUCAUGGCAGGAGGCGGCCAACAGGUGAACAUGAAUGCUGCAGGUGCCGGCCAGCCAGGGAUGCACAUGGGGGGUCAGGGAGGGACGAAUGUCAACAUGGCCACUAUGGCCCAGCUACAGCAAGUACAGCUACAGCAGCAGCAGCAGCAGCAGCAGCUACAACAGCAGCAGCAGCAGCAGCAGCUACAACAACAGCAGCAGCAACAGCAGCAGCAGCAACAGCAGCAACAACAACAACAGCAGCAACAACAACAACAACAACAACAACAACAACAACAACAGCAACAACAACAACAACAACAACAACAGCAGCAGCAGCAGCAGCAACAACAACAGCAGCAGCAGCAGCAGCAGCAGCAACAGAGGCCGAUGCUCAGUGGUUUACAACAGCAGCAAGUGGCAGCUCUCCAGCAGCAACAGCAGCAGCAGCAGCAAGGGGGAGGGAGAGGUAUGCAGGGCCAGGGAUCACAGAUGGGAAAUCUCAAUAAUCCCCAAUUUAGAGAGCUGCUCAUGAGACGGCAUCUCCAACAACAACAACAACAACAACAACAACAACAACAACAGCAGCAACAGCAGCAACAGCAACAAAUGGGAGUAAAUCAUGGUCAGUUCCAGCAGCCACAGCCACCACAGGGGCAGGGCUACAUGGGACAGCCUGGGAUGCAGCCUCCUACAGUGGGACAGGGGCCCCCUGGAGGUCAGCCUCUCGGCCCUCAGCAGCCCGGUGGUCCUCCAGGCCAGCAGGGGCAAGGUUACCCAGGGUCGGUGGCCCAGCAGCAGGCCACAGCUGCCCUUCAGCAGAGGCUCCAACACCAGCACCAUCUCCAGAUGCAGCAGCAGAAUGCCAUGGCUGGACUGCCGGGGGGUGAUGCAGGGCCGGGUGGAGGAGGUCCUCAGCAGACACCUCAGGGCCCCCAGCCCACUCAAGGCGGGCCCCCACCUACAUCUUCUCAGGUUCUGCUCCAACAGGCCCUUCACCAGAGGAUGCUCCAGCAGCAGCAGCAGCAGCAGCAGCAUCUGGGCCCUGGGGGGUCGCCCGCCCAGCACAGCAAUCCCAUGAGCCCUCAGCAGCCGCAGCAGAUGGCCCAGUCCCCGCACCCUCAUCCGCACCUGCAGGGCCAGGGGAUGUCCACGUCGCUAGCUAACCAGGUGCGAUCCCCGCAGCCUUCACCAAGACCCCAGUCCCAGCCGCCGCACUCAAGCCCGUCCCCGCGCAUGCAGCCCCAGCCCUCACCGCAUCACAUCUCCCCUCAGAUGCAGACGGGCUCCCCACACCCCGGCCACCUGAACCAGCACCACCCGGGCAUGGUGGUUCCUCAACAACAACAACAGCAGCAACAGCCAACGACCCAGCAGCAGCAACAGAACUCUAUGGAGCAGUUUGGGUCAGACCAGAGCGCCAUGCUAUCUCAGCUGAGCGGCAUGGUGGGUCUACACGGGCCGGGGGGCAACAGUCAGGACCCGCUUGGCCAGAAUAUGAAUCACAACUCUAUGGACAUCCUGUAGGAAUUCUACUAAACGUGUCAAGUUGAGCUGAACGCUCCGUGAUUCCUCGCACAAACUGCACUCACCCAGGACAGUGUUAUUGUUAUUAAUUAGCCUUUCUUUUUUAUACUAUUAUUAAAUGUUAUUUAAAAUGUUUUCAAUAAAGAUGCAUUGAACUGAACUUCCUAUGGGAGAUGAACAAUAAAUCAAGCAGUCGUUAAAUAAAUUAGAAUAAAUGAAUUGUAAGUUAUUGCUGUUAAUAUAUUUUUUUUGCCAAUUGUGGACAAAGAGGGGGAUGGUUUCUCUAGCACCCCCACUCGCCUCCACCUCUCGCUGAAUACAAGAAAGGUGAUAUUUUCGGGGUUUUGGGGGUAAAUAGGAGUACUUGCCUUUUUUAAGAAAUGUUUUUAAGAUUUUAAAAGUGGUCAAGAAUUAAAGAGGAAAUGAUUUAAUGCAAAGAACUUUUCUAUCGAUUUCAUUUCCCCAUCAUUCAGUCUGUCUGUCUUUUUCUGUUUUGCAGAGUGAUGUGGAUUAUUAUUAAUGUAAAUCCAAACAUGAUGCAUAUCUUCAUUUUUUUUAUUUUAUAUAUUUGGAUUUGCUUUAUUUAUUGUUUUUCUUUUGGGGGAGGGGUGGGGCGGGGGUGUUAUGUACCCUGAGACUGCUACAAUUCGUAUAGAAAUAUAUUUUUGUUAUUGACUGUUAUGAGAGGGGUAGUGGAUAUUUCAUUUCACGUUAGAUGUCUUUUAGUUGAGUGUCCAGGUGGGGAUAAUGAAAUGUCAGUGUUUUAUUGCAGUGGUUGAGGGUCUGCUGUGAGUUUGAGAUGUUGAACGGACAUAUUGUGACGUCCCGGCCAGCUUCUGUAUUGGACAUCGGUCGUGCUGGAAUGGACUCUUCCCUCGCAAACAUGCAAGCCCUCUCCCUCGAAUGUGUGUGCCCUCCUUCCUUUAAAGACACUUAAUAUGGAGCAGUGGAGGCUUGGGGAGGGGGGGUGCAUACCUGUGUGCCUGAAACAUUUUGAGUACAUGGGCUGGGAUGUGAAAAAAAUGGGUGGGGUGGGCUCCUUCUAGUGUUUUUAGGAUUCCACUGUUUUGGAGUAAACAGAGGAUUUUGAUCCAAAUGAACUGUGUUGCACAGAAAUGAGGAGAAAAGGAGGAGAUGAGAGCAGUCGCUCUCCGUCUCGUUCUGCCUCGUCCCCUUUGCUGCUCCCCUCGGACUUUAAAUCCCCUCCGCCUCUUCCUCCUCUUCCUCUGGGGGAAGUUGCUCUCCCUCCCCUCAAACUCCAUCCUCUUUAUCUUUCUGCUAAAAACUUUGGGAGUUUAAUUUAAUAUUUUUUACUGUACAAAGGAAACACAAACUGUGGACUCAAAUACUGUUUUUUAUAAUAAAAUGAAAAUUACCAACA